CUCAAAUCGCAGCAAAACGGAGCUAAACGUUUUGCUUUUGAACAUGCCCUAGCUCUAGCUUAUCACAUAUAUCACUCUGAACCAAUCAAAUCAACCUCUGACGACCCUUACCAGAGCCCUUACCUUUAGCUUAGCAUUAACGAGUUUCGUUUACUUAUAUGGGGAAAAACUCUCAUAAACUAUCGUUUUUUAUUUGUUUAUUUUAGACCUGGUGCUGUUAUGAUUUGGGAAAGAUGUUAAAUAUUAUAUCAGCGAUAGUAUAAUUCAAAUGGACCCAAGUGUUUGUGUUACUUUAGCCACUUACUCCAUAGGAUUGCAUAAAAAAUAGCUUCCGAUGCUAACUUUCCGGACCUCAGCGGAACAUGCCUUGCCUUUUUUCAGAUGAUCUCUGGCAUUCAUAUGACAGCAGCACCCCGCGUGGGUAACUACAACUAUAUCUGACGCUUUUUUGUCUAGUCGGUAUAUCGUAGGUUGCUGAGCUGGGCAUAGUAGAUAACCCUUUGAUAACCAAGCCCUUCUACCUAGUAAUUGUCCUAAGUUGUUAGGAUUUAACUUUCUUGUAGUUGUUAGGCAUGUAUAGUUUCUCAAGCGAUUGAAUGGCACCAUAUUUAGUAUGCGUAGCAGCUAGCAUGCGGCUUUGCACACAUGAAGAAUCACUAACUUUCGACAGCCAACGUGUUACCUUGGGUUAACUUAACGUUAUUAACGAUACAUAAGGCAUACCGCUAUCGUUACUUUUAUGAACUCCUAACGGGUGCAGGUCAAGCCCCUUGUAGAGUCCUGAGAAGCAAUGAAAGCUCAGAGAGCCUCAUCACAUCCCAAACAUACUCUGCGAAAUGUUAUCAAAAAAGCAAAGAACCCCAAAUGGCAUGGUCACAAUAAAUCACUACUCUCAGAUGAUCACAAGCAAAGCCUCAGUCUAACAUCAGCUAGGUAUGAGAACCAGAUGGGCCACAGUGGGAAAUCCAGUUUAAAAUCGCAGAGAAGACAAUAUGCUAAAGCUGUCAGUGGUAGGACUGUAAGCAGCCCUCUAACUGCAGCACCUAGAGUUAAGGCCUUAGCAGCACACAUUAAUGGACAGACCAAGAGUUUGUCCAAUAGCGGUGACAGUGAUACAGAGGACUCGCAGGGCUGGAGAUCCUAUGCCCAAUCUGUUCUUCAGAAUGGCAAGCAAACCAUCCCUGAUGCUGAAGAAAGCUUGCUAUCCGAACACGUUGGGGAGGAAAUUGAACCAUUUCUCACCCAGUUUGACCAUACCAACAACCGCACCUUGAUGGUUAUGCGACCAGGCCAGACGCUGUGUUUUCGAGGGAAGUGCCUGCUGACGUGUUUGUAUGGACGGGUGGAGGUGUUGGGUUUCACCAUAGAGGAGGGUCAGCAGCCUUACCCCCUCUACUCCCCAGCCUCUCACUGCCCACUCACCAUUACGGCCUUGGCAGACAGCUCCCUAUCCACCAAAAACCGCAAAGAAGGCCGACAGGAAGCCAAGAUGGUUGUGCGCAAAUACUUAUCCUCUGUGCCGAGGAAGCAUCUACUGAAUGAGAUGGAUUCAGAUUCAUGUGUUGUUCUUCUUGAAGCUCUGGAUAACCCCCUCACACGCUUCCUUACUAGCCACUCACAGCUCAAAGAGCUCUUUGGCCUUAGCUCGAAAGAACUGCGUUCAGACUCGGCAGUGGAUAAUUCUGCUCUGAGUGCAGUUGGACUGAUGGCCCUGAACAGUAGUGGGAACCAGGGGCUGAUCACUUCCAGGAGCUAUAGAGAUGCACUGCACAGACUUGUUCAAGUGUGGGGAGAUGAUGAGUGUGAUCGCUGUCCAAUAAUUUUGGUGUAUGGUGCUAAGAACUCUGGGAAGUCUACCUUUGUUCGUCAUCUCAUCAACAGCCUUCUUAACCA